AUGGAGAGCACUUGGAGAAUUUGUGUUUGUUUCUAUUGCUGUCUUCACUGGCUUUCUUCAAGCAUCCAGUGUUCCCCCCACUCCAGGGGCCGCGUGGUCUCUGACAAGCCCCCCGGGUUGUUGGUAGCUCCUGAGGACACGGCCAUUGAGCUGAACCCAUUGCUGCGGCUGCCAAAAGGCGUGAGACGGGGAUAUGCCCUCCUGCCUCCCCUUCUCAAGGUGCUGUCUGACCGGGGACACCAGAACUGGGAGAGCGAGGCCCCCAGGCUACAGCCCCACUCCAGAGCCCUUCGGUACAUGAAGAGGCUGUAUAAGAUGUCUGCGACCAAGGAGGGAAUCCCCAAGGCUAACAAAAGCCACCUCUAUAACACUGUUCGACUCUUCACUCCGUGUUCUGAAUGCAAGCACCGCCACAGGGACCUCAUGAAAGGAGACGUUCACUCAGUGGAUUUACUCUUCAACCUGGAUCGUGUUACUGCUCUCGAGCACUUACUCAAGUCUGUCUUGCUCUAUUCCUUUGACACAUCACUUCCCAUUUCUUCUUCCAUUACGUGCAUGUGCCAUUUAUUUGUCAAGGAGCAUGAUUUUUCUAGCCAAGUAUGUCCCAGCGUUUCGCACUCUGUAGCUUUUAGCCUGCACUUCGAAGUUAGAAAACGCAAGUGGGUUGAGAUUGAUGUGACUUCUUUUCUCCAGCCUCUAAUCGCUACUAACAGGAGGAAUAUUCAUAUGGCCGUGAACUUCACUUGUCUGAUGGGUGAUCCACAACAGAACACUAAACUGGAAAAUCCCAUUAAUGUGGCACUGGUUCCCCCUUCUCUUCUUCUUUAUCUGAACGAUACCAGUGAGCAGGCUUAUCACAGGUGGAACUCACUUAGGCACAGAAGGAAAAACCCAGUGCGGCCCAGGCAAAGGAACAGUCCACGUGUUGAUCCUACAGGUGACAAAGGAAAAGAGAAUUCACAGGGCGGAAGGGCCUCUCGACGCCGAAGAGACGGGAAUCUGAAAGAAGCACCAGCAACUCCACCCCAUAACCUGAGCGAAUACUUCAAACAGUUUCUCUUCCCCCAAAACGAGUGUGAGCUUCACAACUUCCGCCUGAGCUUCAGCCAGCUGAAGUGGGACCGGUGGAUCAUAGCCCCCCACAGGUACAGCCCCCAGUACUGCAAAGGCGACUGCCCCAGGGUGGUGGGGCACCGCUACGGCUCUCCCGUCCACACCAUGGUCCAGAACAUCGGCCAUAAAAACCUAGUGCUGUAA